GGGGCGGGGUGAUUUAACCCGGGAAGCUGAAGCACGACAUUGUCAGGCCCAUUGCCCAACAUUUUGUUCAACUUUCAAGAUCCAGACACAUGUUUAAACGCAACAUUGUCACAAUGAGCAAUCAACUUUUGGACACAAUUGUGAUCGGAGCCGGCUGGUCUGGCGCCGUUGCCGCCCGGGAGCUUGCCAGCAAGGGUCGCAAAGUGUUGGUACUUGAGGCUAGAGACAGAAUCGGUGGACGUGCGAGUACGUGGGUGAAGGGAGAUGCCAAGAUUGAUGUUGGAUGCAGCUGGAUUCACGGCUACAAAGAAGGAAACCCUGCGAGAUAUAUCGCCCAAGACUUUGGCGUUGCCGCUCACUUGCCCAAGGCUGCUGAGGGUGUGAUCUACGGCCCAACUGGCCGUCUCUCAAGUUCCAAUGCCGACAACCUGCGGGCAUCCCUUGGUGCUGCUCAGGCAUCAUUGAAGCUCCCUCACCCAGCGCCCUCUCCAUCUACAUCUCUCGCAUCCGCCCUUCUGGCUGAUGACUCGGCUCUUUUCUCAGCUUCUGCAUCCCCUGACCCUUCCUCAGACGUCAACCAAACCAGCCCUGCCGACCCGACGCAGGUAGCGACGCAGCCCGCAUCAGGUUCAUCUCAGAAGGAGCUGGCAGCCGCCCUUGCCCGCUCCCUCGAGAUUCCCCUGGGACUCAAGCUCGAAAAAGCAUCUCUGAAGUGGGCUGGAUGGGAGAGUACCACCUCAUUUGGAGGCUCUGAUGCCGCCCCAGAGGGAGGCUAUGAGGCUUUGGUCAAGCAGGUCCUUGAUGACGCCAAGGCCAAGGGCACUGAGGUGAAGCUGAGCACAAAGAUUACUGAAAUUUCACAAAGUCAAGACAGAGUUACAAUUGUCGACGCCAAGGGCAACAAAUUCACGGCAAAGACGGCCAUUUCUACCAUCCCGCUCGGUACCCUCAAGACUCUACCUGAAAGCACCUUCAACCCUGCGCUGCCGCCGCGCCUACAGGAGGUAAUCAAGGGCACCCACGUCGGUGUCCUAGAGAAGUUGCUGCUCCAGUACCAGACAGCUUGGUGGCCCGAGGCCGACAAGGCAGGAUCCUACACCUUCUUGCCCACAUCUACGAAGCCCGUGACCGAAAGCUCGACCCCCGCCGAAAUCUUCGAGGCGUCGACUCUGGUCUGCGCCAACUUCGCUGGGCCGUCUCUCCCUGGCCCUAGUCCGACUUUGCUGACGUACCUUUCCGAAACUCCUGCUACCGCAUUGCUCCGCUUCGAUCAGAAGGAAGUCGCGGCUGCCUACCACAAGUUCCUCGUCUCUCGCUUCAAGCCAUCAUCUGAGCCUGCGGAGCCGAUCGAGACCAACUUGACCAACUGGUUGACAGACGAGUUCUCCCGCGGUGCUACGACCACGCCUUCCAUUAUCUCAGAGAAUGGGGAGCGAAGCCCACUUGACUUCAAGGAGCUGAGCAGGCCCGUAUGGGAUGGAAGACUCGGAUUUGCCGGCGAGCACACAGAGAUGGAAAACCGUGGAAGCGUGGCUGGUGCAGUCGUCAGCGGCUACCGUGAGGCAGAGCGUGUUGGCAGACUUUUGAGACUGCUGGACGAGAACGCCAAGCUGUGAUUGGACGAGGAAGGAAGGCGUCGGACAGUUUCUCAUGGGCAAGCUAGAUUUGGGAUGUGCUAUAGGCUUAGACGGGGGUUGGAAAUUCUUUUCUAGGAAGUGAAUCAGACGAUCGAACCCGACAAAGGUCUUCGAGGACGCUCUAUGCCGUUCAUCCUGAAGCGGCUAGAAGCUUCGCUGCACGAUCUUUGGCAAUAUCACACAUUGCCUGUUGUCUCGUUAGAAGAAUGUCUCGAGGAUCCAGGUUCAAGGGUGCAACUUGCCUGGAUGGCGGCGAAUUCCUCGAGAGCCAAGUCACCACGCGAGAUACGAGCACGCAUGUUUUCCAUAAUUUCCGGCCGACCUCGACCGUUGACAAACACCACGUAACGUAGGCCUGGGAAUUUUUCCUCGUACUCGGCGUUCAGCGCAGCCAGCUCUGUGGCGUCUCCACUCUGAAGCUGGGCUUGCUCUGCGGCGGACUGAGCACUCUCAACCUUCUUGGCCCCGAGACGUGGGUGUGAACCGAUGAUUGAGUGUAGCUGUGCCUUUUGUGUAGGGUCCGCCGUAAGAGCCUCGAAGAUCUUUUGAGCUUGGUUGAUGAACUCGUCGUACGACUGGAAAGAUGUUGUGGAAAUAGAGGGCAGAAGAAAGGCGUGAAUCGCGGGGCUCGGCUCGAAGAGCGCAUCUAGGACCUUGGCCUGUUGCUCCACGGGGAGGGAGUUGAGACUGUUGACGUCAGGCAGAGAAGCCAUAGUGAAUUGCAAAUUGCACUUUGUUGUUUUGAAUCACGAUGAAGCAAUGAGUAAGUGACCGUUCAUGACCUGUUUAGUCUUUAACAUCGCGCGCAACGAGGGCACCUCUGCAUUUUAAGGCAGUGGAAG